AUGUCUGAUCGGCGACGAGUGAAUGGACCACCAGGCAUAACUUGCUCGCCUUCUUAUGACGAGAACUCGUCCCUAUCCCUUAGUGGACAUACCAAACCAAGUCCAUUGUACCUAAAAACUGGCGUCACGCCAUCGGCAUCCGGGUCGGCUUACCUGGAAAUGGAUCAGUAUGGCAUGAAACUGACUUGUACUGUACAUGGCCCACGUUCUCUACCUCGGUCAGCUCCUUUCUCUCCACACAUGGUUCUCUCAACGUUCGUGAAAUAUGCCCCAUUCGCCACAAAAUCAGGCAAGGGCUACCUUAGAGAUGCCAAUGAGCGUGACUUGAGCAUGCAUUUGGAGACAGCUUUACGGGGUGCUAUUAUUGCAGAGAGGUGGCCAAAAAGCGGUGUUGAUGUGGUAGUAACUGUGAUAGAAGGCGACCUAGCACAUCAGUCAAUACCGGAAGAUGGACAUGAAGAUUGGGAUUCAAUGACGGUAUUGGGUGGGUGUAUCACAGUUGCCUCAGCCGCAAUUGCUGAUGCGGGCAUCGAUUGCGCCGACACAAUCACUGGGGGAGUAGCAGCGAUUGUGAUGGACAGUGGCCUUUCAGGUGAACCAUUCAUUGUCCAUGGUCCGAUGAGGUCGAAGAACUGGGUCAUCUUGGCGGUUUGUUGUGUGGCCUAUAUGACACAGCGUAAUGAUGUCACGAAUCUGUGGUACAAAGGUUGCUUGUCUCUUCCCGAUCCCUCUAUGCGGCGAUCUCUCAUUGCUCGCGCGAUUUCAGUUUGCAAAGGCAUGCAUGAAACAAUAAUAGAGACUUUAUGUGAAGCAGUUCCGCUUGUCUAA